AUGGCAGGUGCGAGAUGCGAGUCUCGAUGCGGUGGAGGAACGAAUGGCGAAGAAUGCAACGAAUACUGCCCGUGCGGGGAGGAGUUGGAGUGCGACGCCCGAGAGCAUGAAUGCCUCUGCCCGCCGGGCUGGACGGGGACCGACUGCCGCCAGUCCUGCCCCGACGGCUUCUUCGGGCGCGGCUGCCGCGAGCCCUGCCCCGAAUGCGGAAACGGUGAGGGGAUUCUGGUCAUCGGUUUAGUUCUGUGGAAGAAAGGUGCAAGGAUCAUCGCGCUCGGUUUCCUCGAUUUUUUCGAGAUGCUUCCGGUUCGGCUCGACUGGAUGCAUUGGGACGAGAAUUGCUGA